UAGACCUCGGGCAUGAGCGGUCGGCUCCUGCUGGGAGUUGGUUGUUCCCGGUCCCCCGCCCGGAGUGCGGAGUUCAAGGUUCGGUUUGGGCCAUGGCUGCCGAGAAGCCACUCGUCGCCGUCACUUGCACCGCCCCCACCAACAUCGCGGUCAUCAAGUACUGGGGAAAACGUGAUGAGAAGCUGAUUUUACCCAUCAAUUCCUCACUGAGUGUUACUCUGCACCAAAAUCAGUUAAAAACCACCACCACAGCAGCCAUCAGUUGGGACUUCAAAGAGGACCGAAUUUGGCUGAAUGGCAAGGAGGAAGAUGUGGGGCACCCCCGAUUACAGUCCUGCCUUCGAGAGAUCCGACGCCUGGCCCGUAAACGGAGGAGUGGAAGUGAUGGGGAUUCGGUUCCUCUUUCCUACAAGGUGCACAUUGCCUCAGUGAAUGACUUCCCCACUGCAGCGGGCCUGGCCUCCUCGGCCGCAGGGUAUGCCUGCCUUGUCUACACUCUGGCCCAGCUCUACGGGGUCGAGAGUGAGCUCUCCGAGGUAGCUCGGCAAGGCUCAGGCAGUGCUUGUCGAAGCAUGUUUGGCGGCUUUGUGCAGUGGCACAUGGGAGAAAGGCCUGACGGGAAGGACAGCAUCGCCCAGCAGGUCGCCCCAGAGUCGCACUGGCCGGAGCUCAGAGUCCUCGUUCUUGUGGUCAGUGCUGAAAGAAAACCAGUGAGCAGCACAUCCGGAAUGCAGACCAGUGUAGAAACCAGCUCUCUGCUCAAAUUCCGGGCUGAGUCUGUGGUGCCAGGUAGGAUGGCAGAGAUGGCGCGGUGCAUCAAGGAGCGGGACUUUGAGGGCUUUGGCCAGCUGACCAUGAAGGACAGCAACCAGUUCCAUGCCACUUGCCUGGACACUUUCCCUCCGAUUUGUUACCUCAAUGAUACGUCUCGGCAGAUCAUCAGCCUGGUCCACUGCUUCAAUGCCUACUACGGCAAGACCAAGGUGGCGUACACCUUUGAUGCUGGGCCCAAUGCUGUCAUCUUUACCCUGGAAGAAACAGUGGAUGAGUUUGUGGCUGUCAUAAAACAAAUCUUCCCUCCAGAGAUGAAUGGAGACAAGUUCCUGAAGGGAUUGCCGGUAGAGCCUGUGGAGCUCUCAGAAGAAGUAAAAUCUGCUUUGCCCAUGGAGCCAUCCCCUGGAGGAAUCAGAUACAUCAUCACUACUCAGGUGGGGCCUGGACCUCAGGUCUUAGAAGAGCCCCAGCAGCAGCUCCUGGGCCCCGACGGCCUGCCCAAGCCAGUGUCCUGAGAAUGUGUCAUCUCGAGUCAUCGGCCACCUCGGGGACAUGCAGCAGAGGGAGUUGACUUGUUGAGAGACGGGAGCGUGGAUGAAACUUCUGUUUAUCCUGGCAAGGAUUGGCCUGUCAGGAUUCUGGCUGCUUUCCCAGUUUCUGCACCUGGCUGGAAAAAUAUUGUCAUGCAGGAAAUUUUGUCAAAGAUGCCACCAGCAAGAGAUUUCUGCAUUGAAAGUUGAAAUGGAUUGACUGUCGGCUUUUAUGACCUGUAGUGGGACGGGCGGUUGUUGCCCCUCUGUCGCAGUGUCUCUCCCCUCUACCUCACUCCCGGGUGUGGCUCUCUUGGGUUCUCUGCUGAUACAGAGAGGUGAAUACUCUGGACAGCCCUCUCCAUAGUCCAUCACGUAAAGAAAGGCCAAUCAGUCAUUGGGCAGAAGUGAUAGCAGGUCAUUUCUGAGCUAGAAUCAGGUGAAUUGAUGAUGGAGGCAUUCUUCCUCCCUGACUCUCCUCUUCCAAAGCCCUUCCUGCUGCUUUUGAAGAAAGUCGCAGGGAAAAAAUGGUUCAUGUCUUCUCCACUGAAUUGUUAACUUGUCUCAAUCUGUAUUAAGUGACUGUGAGUGUGCCACCUAAGCAGCCCCUGGGGAACCCACAAAAUGAGGCGGUUUCCUGGGGCUGUGGUCCAGAAGGUAAAUUUUUUUUGCCAAGUUUUCUUGGGUGCUCUGGAGCUUCACUUAAGCUGAGGACUAUGAGUUUAAUUUUCUUUAAAAGUAUUCAUUUAUAAGAGGUGGUCUCUGAGCCGUCUUUCUUUGAAGCCAGUGAUAGCAUGUUACCUUUGAGCAGAGCUGCUACCUUACUUCCACAAAACUAAACAAUAGUUGUUGGCAUUAGUGUUGAGAGCAAUGUUAUGUACUGGGAGGGAAAUGACUUGCCUGAGGGGUCUCUGUUAGAAUUUCUGUAGGAAUAAACCCCUUCCCUUGGCUCCCA